AGCAUUAUCGAUAACUCCGUUAAAAAUGUUGGUCUUGUUUGCCUUGUUUACGGUGACUUUUGCCAGACACGUGGAUCUUCCAUCCAUCGCUUUACAGAACCCCGAUCUCUUCGAAGGAGAUAUUAUAGGAGUAGAAGACAAUGACGUCAGAAAUGCCAUAAUGAAGCUAUCGCGUCGCUGGACCGGUGGGGUAAUGCCUUACGUCAUCGAUCCAGAAUUAAGAAACAUAAAACGUUCUAUUAAUGAAGCAAUGAAACACAUAAAUCGAGCAACGGGAGGAUGCAUAUCUUUCAAAGAACGAAAAGAAGAAAAAGCUUACAUUAGAUUUAUUAAAGGAAAGGGUUGUUAUUCGCACGUUGGUCGAAUUGGACGCCAACAAAUUAUAUCUCUGGGAAAUGGCUGCGGUUACGUAGGAACCAUUGUCCACGAAAUUGUUCACGCUCUUGGUUUCCAUCACGAACAGAAUCGAUCUGAUAGAGACGAUUAUCUAAUUAUUCAUUGGCAGAAUAUUAAAAAAGGAAUGGAAGGGCAAUUUGUACGUCUUCAACCGGAUAAAAACGUUCUAUACGUCGACUUUGAUUACGACUCUAUCAUGAUUUAUGGAAAUUAUGCAUUUUCUAAGGAUGGUAAAUCGAAAACUAUGGAAGCUAAAACGGGAGUGAAGUUGCUAGAACCGUAUGCGAAAAAACCUCCAUAUUUAGCCUCUAGCGAUGUUUAUAGAAUUAAAAAGUUGUACGAAUGUGCAUGAACCACAGAUAUUGUAAUAUUUUAAGAAAUAAACGUAAAUGUUCAGAAUAAAA